GGGGCGGGCCGGGGGCGGUGCGCGGGGGGGCGCGGAGCGGGCGCGGAAGAUGGCGGCGGGCAGGCGCGCCCCGCGCAGCGGGCUGCUGGAGCUCCGCGGCCCCGGAGGGCGCUGGCUCCGUGUCCUCCUCACCCUGACCGAGGACAAUUUGGGGGUGAGCCCCGCCGACGGCCCCGGGCCCGGGGAAGCUCCGGCGGCGCAGCUGAACGGCGGCGAAGGGGGCUCCGGCGUGCCCGAGGCGCUCGCCAACAUCAGGCGCACGGUGCACGUCGUCAAGCAGGACGUGGGGGGGCUCGGCAUCAGUAUUAAAGGUGGCCGAGAGAAUAAAAUGCCCAUCUUGAUAUCCAAGAUAUUCAAGGGGCUGGCGGCGGAUCAGACCGAGGCGCUGUACGUGGGAGAUGCCAUCCUGUCCGUGAACGGCACCGACCUGUCCGAGGCGACGCACGACGAGGCGGUGCAGGCGCUGAAGAAGACGGGCAAGGAGGUCGUCUUGGAAGUGAAGUACAUGAAGGAGAUCUCGCCCUACUUCAAGAACUCGGCGGCGGGGGCGACGGUCAGCUGGGACCCCUCUCCCUCUGGCCAGCAGAAGCGGUCAUCCCCCGUCCUGCCUCCCCGUGAGAGCCGGACCGUCCCGCUGAAGAUGUGCUACGUGUCCCGCAAGUGCCUCCCCGCCGACCCGGAGCACAGGUACCUCGAGGUGUGCUCGGCGGACGGGCGCGUGGCUCUCUUCCUGCGGGCAAAGGACGAGGCCACGGCGCAGUCGUGGCUCGGGGCCAUCCAGGGUGCGGCGGGCGCGCUGCUGCCGCGGGUGAAGGAGGAGCUGCGGGCACAGCUGGCGGGCACCGGCACGGCGGGCGGCAGGGACGUCAGGCACGUGGGCUGGCUGACCGAGCAGCUCCCCGGUGCUGGCACCAGGAACCUGCUGGCUGUCCUCACCGAGAAGGAGCUGCUCCUGUACGGCAGCCUGCCGCAGAGCCGCGAUGCCCUGGGCAAGCCUGUGCACAGCUACCCGCUCAUUGCCACCAGGCUGGUGCACUCGGGCCCGGCCAAGGGCUCGGCGCUGGACGAGGCCGAGCUGGCGUUCGCCCUGCGAGCCGGCACCCGGCUGGGGGUGCAGAGCCACCUCUUCAGCCUGGAGAGCCCCCGCGACCUGGCGCUCUGGACCCGCUUGCUGGUGGACGGCACCCACGGCGCCGCCGAGCUCGCCCAGGAGGUGUCCGCAGCCUGCAGCUGGAAGGGGCAGGACUGCACCCUGUCCAUCCACAUCGACAAGGGCUUCACCAUCUCCACCACGGAGCCGGGGCUCAGCAAGACCAUCCUGCUCCAGCAGCCCUUCGAGAAGCUGCAGAUGUCCUCCGACGACGGCACCAAGAUGCUCUACUUGGACUUUGGCGGCCCGGAGGGCGAGAUCCAAUUGGACCUCCACUCCUGCCCCAAAACCAUCGUCUUCAUCAUCCACUCCUUCCUCUCGGCCAAGGUGACCCGCCUGGGGCUGCUGGCGUGAAGACGGAGCGGGGCCCCAGCCCCCGUCACAUCUAUGCACCUCCCUCCAGGCCAAGUGCAGCCCGAAGCCAUCCGGACAGGACACAAGUCCCCGAGGGGUCCCGCUACCCGCCCCCGGGGCGCUGGGGACAGCAGUGGGGUGACGUCCCUCUGGGAUGGCAGCACCGGGACGCCUGCGGUGCCCCCUUCCCCUCCCUGCUCCCACCACGAUGCUCGGCUGGAGGAGCCCCCGUGGGAGCCGCACAGUCACCCGAGUGCCUUGUGAGAUGAUAUUUUCUGUACAAUGAACCCGUUUGUAUGGAUGUUUUAUAUUUAUAUCACCCCGUUACAAGUGCCGAUGGGGCAGCUCUCAUCCACCCGCUUUGAACCCCGGGAGAAACCCCCAGGUUCUCCAGCACGAGGACGUGUGUCUGUCCGUCCCCCGGGCAUGCGUCUCGGCAAGGGGCUGCAGCCCGGGGUCAGCUCCGUGUUGCUGGAUAGAUGGGAACUGCAGAUCAGCUCUUAUUUGCCAAAUUUUUCAGUAUCGCAGCGUGCUAUAGGAACCACUUCUCUUUGGGAUGGUCACACGGUUCGUGUUACUUUGCCAACUCCUGCAUCAUUUUAUUUCUUGGUUUGGGGGGGAGGGACAUCAGGUGGCUGGUGGGAAACAACUUGUUUUAUGAACCAAAAAAUCCUGCGUGAAAAUGCCUCUUUUUUUUUUUUUUUUUCUCUUUCUGUUUUCGGUCAAAUAAACAUUGCAGCUCACACCCAGCAGGAGCCGAGGGUCUCCUGGUUUUGCUUGAAGUGGAAAAUCCGUGGGUACUGCCUGAUGAGUUUCUAAGGGGUCUCAGUGCAGGCAGCAUCCACACAUGGGGACAGGAAAGGGCCACGCUCACAUCACUCGGAAGUGACAAAUUCUGGGUUAGCCUUUUUCUUUUGUCCUGGCCCUGUCCGUGGGCGUGGGGGAGACCAGGGUCUCCUAGCAGAGCUGCUAACACUCACACUGAAUAUUAGCCACUAAUCAGCAGCAAAUAUCCUUUUUUUUUCUAACAAUUCCUCGUGCAUCCUGUUCCUGUGUGUUAAUGUGGCGUGGCUCAGGGUAGUGGGGUGCAUCAGUGGUGUUGCUGGUCUUGGAGAAAUGAAAUCCCCACAUCUGUGGGGGGCACUGCUGCUCCUUGAGUGCUUAUUGAGCUGGGCAGCACUGGCAGGUGAGAUUGCAGGGUGUCUGCUUCGAGAGGAGCCACCGAAGUUAAUGAUUUCCCUAAUGAAGAUGAGCUGGUCCCUUGCAAAGGGGACUCUGAUGCAGCCUUUGGGAUGCACGGGAAAAAAUAAGCUGAAGAAAAAAAAAAGGGGUGAGGGAAAGCAGUCAAAGUGCAAAACUUCCAAGGAAGUGAGGUGCAUGAGAUCUGAGCAGGAAGAAAGCAGAGGAACAUCUAUGUGGUGUGAAAAAUAGGUCUGAUGGGGCACGCAAGCAUUGUGCUGCUCUGUCUUGGUGGGACGGGGGGCAGGAAAGGAGGGAGCCCCCUUGGUGCCCUUGCAGGAGCCCUGUGGCUGCUGGCACUCGCUGUCCACAGUGAGCAAACCCAGCUUCUUGCUGCACACCACUGUCAGGCUUCCAGGAGGUCUUGCAAAAUGGAUUUGCAGGAAAAAAAAAAAAAAAAAGGAAAAAAAAAUCCAACAUGUUACUAACUGCUAAAUCAAUACAACAAGUAAUUUAGAAACAGAUGGUGUAUUUUUCUAUGAUGAAAAGCAUGUCUGCACAAG